AAACGAACGCGCGUCAAAUGUAAACCACAUAGGUACGGCUGUGGACGGAGAACGUUUUCCGUCUCCGGUACGAAACUCCCCUACCCAGUCAAAUAUCUAUCCCCCUCAGAGACGACGGCGCAUGAUAGAAAACGGUCACUAACCUGCGCCUCCUCCAACCAGCUUCCUCUCCUCUUCUCAUGGCGGUCUCAGUCUCGGGUCCUGUUUCCUUCCUCUUUCACGACCAUCAAAACGGAGACCUCCGUCGUCGUUUCGGGUACAGACGAACGACCGAAUCCAAGUACGGUCACCCGUCACGGAACGACAGAAGAUUGGGAUCGAACAAGGAAAAGAGAUGGAGGGUUAUUUGCAGAGCUUCUUCUUCUCCUCCUCCUCUCUACUUCAAAGAUCUUGACGCUGAUGAUUUCCGUCAUCCUCUUGAUAAACAGAACACGUUGUUGCUGAGAGCGAUUCCAGGCUUGAACGAAUUCGGGAGAGCUCUUCUGGGAUCCAUGACAGAACAGAUCAUGCUUCUCGAGAACAUAGGGACUUCUGUUCUUGUCUCCAAGAACCAGCUCUCUGAUCUUCACCGUUUGUUGGUCGAGGCAUCUGAGAUACUUAACAUUGAAGCUCCCGAUCUCUAUGUCCGUCAAAGUCCUGUCCCGAACGCGUAUACGCUGGCAAUUAGUGGUAAAAAGCCGUUCAUCGUCGUCCACACCAGCCUGGUCGAGCUUCUCACUCGUGAAGAGUUGCAGGCUGUGAUUGCUCAUGAGCUAGGUCAUCUCAAGUGUGAUCAUGGAGUGUGGCUCACAUUUGCAAACAUUCUCACCCUUGGGGCUUAUACAGUUCCUGCAUUCGGGACGAUGAUAGCUCAGACCCUGGAAGAACAGUUGCUUCGUUGGCUCCGAGCAGCAGAGCUGACUUGUGACCGUGCAGCUCUUCUUGUUGCUCAGGAUCCCAAGGUGGUCGUCUCUGUUCUUAUGAAACUAGCUGGAGGCUGCCCAUCUAUCGCCGAUCAGCUAAAUGUUGACGCGUUUCUAGAGCAAGCUCGGUCAUAUGACAAAGCUUCUUCAAGCCCCCUGGGCUGGUACAUUCGAAAUGCUCAGACGAGGCAACUCUCGCAUCCUCUUCCGGUUCUGCGGGCACGUGAGAUUGACCAGUGGUCCCGGAGUAUUGAAUACAAAAGCCUCCUAAAGCGGGCUAGCCAGGCAAGCACUGUUGGAAGCAUUUAGCAUGGCGUGGAACCUACAACAAUUAGAAAGAAAAGGAAGCAUGUAUAGGUAAGCUUCCUGGCCGGGUUUGAACCUUUUCUGAGUGGUUCAGGGUUUGUCUCUCACAAAGGACACAAGAUUGAGUUCUUGGAUUUAUACAGUGUUGUAAAGUCUUAGAGGGUUAUAAAAUUCUUGUACUGUUGCAGCGACAAGAGAAACAACUACCUGUGUAUAAUGAGAUUCUUGUUUCUGUAUUUGUGAUCA